GCUAAGUUGCAUCUGUUUGCUGAACCAUGUUAAGAAUGCGCAUCAUUUUGCUGGAAAGAUAGUUCUGAGGACGCUUUCUUCUUUGAAGUGCGCCUGCUCCUGAUUGGUUUAUAUAAUAUAUAGAUGUGAUCAUCAGCAGGUGCUGCAGGCUCACAGCCAAGUCAAAUUAUGACGUUUUCUGCGCUGUGAAAUUGCCAUGAAAAGCAAUGGCUCUGUACAGCUUGCUGUCAGGAGCGCAUUAUGCCAGUUGCUCUUCUGUUCUAUGCCAAUGGUUAGGGAAGCUAGAACAAAACAUUGAGAUCAUCGAGAAGCCUCAAAAGCGUCACUCGUCACUUGAAGAAGCACAUCAGCGACCAUCUGCCGAGAUCACCAAGGUGAAUCCUGUUGCACACUAUACGGUGCAGGCUUGGGAGGGACAGCAGCAAGUGACCGCGUGCUCUGUACAGAAAAUAGUGGAAAUGUCACUGAAAAUUAUGGAACCCGAGCGCUUCAACAGUGGAAAAAGCUGGUGGUGUAACGCUUGCGAAAAUUGCGAAAUUCGCGAAUUGAACGCGAAGCUUUCUGUGGUGAAGGCUCCAUCUCCACAUCCACGAAGGUUCGGUGUACCACUUUGCGUUUGGAGGUUUCAGCCACUUUUCUCACAAGAUGCUGCCUUGCAAGCUCAAGUUUCCUCUCCUUUGUGCUGGGUUGCGGAAACAGAUUAAGCAAAUCAAGGGCAGAUUACUUCUUGAAGUUUGUUUUUUUGGGGGGGGCAGGGACCCAGGGAGGGGAAACAUGUUCCCAGCGAUACCGUGACUCGGCUAUGGGCUAGCACAACGGUGGGAAUCAGAAAUGUGUGCCGAACGAAGCUCAAUCGGGAGAAGUGAAGAUGCC